GUUUUAAUUUAAAACAUGCUAAUUUUUGUCCUUUUAAAAUCACCUGGUCAAAUGUAUGUUGCCAAAGUCAACAGACCCAUGCCAUGACAUUGCUCACGUAUUUAAGAAACGCUAUAAGGCUUCCCAGGUCUAACUACACACCACCAGAACUUGCCCAUGCACCUCGGAACCGAAUAAACCGCACCGCAGAGUCUAAGAAGAAACAGAAACGUCAAAUUUUGAUUAUUGUGAUCAAAGUUUUGAGCGGGCUCCUUGCCAUACUGAUGUCACUCUUCAUUCGCGAGUUUGUCAAGGAGAAAGACAUAAUGACGAGUCUAGAGGAGAUGCAGCUUGCAGUGAACAGCGCCAAGAAACUACAAAAACUCAUGUCCUCCAAGCGGCUCGACUACAUCUGGGAUCUUUGUGACCGGUCCACGCUGCAGUGCUCCCGCUGCCUGCCGGGGUGGAAGGAGCACGCUUCCCGGUGCUUCUUCCUGUCCGACGUGGAUAAGGAAUGGGAAAAUGCUCGCAUCGAUUGCCUCAACUACACGGGGGACCUAGCUGUCGUCCUGAACGCCGAAGAUCAGGCGUUCCUGACGAACAUGACGUUCCAGUUUAAAAAGGCAAAUCCCGGCAUAAACGUCCACUCAGCGUGGAUCGGGCUGCAGGACUUGGUCAAUGAAGGAGUCCACUUCUGGGUCAAUGGAAAGAAAAUCGAUCCGAAUGUCAUAUACUGGAGACCUGGCCAACCCAACAACGACACAGAUCCCGGUGACAAUGUCCGUGAUAGGCAUGGUCAGGACUGCGUGUCCAUAAUACCGCCGGAUGUGGUGGGGUCCGAUGGCUGGGUGAACAGCUGGGAUGACAUUAGUUGUACAUGGAAACGUCAAUACAUCUGUGAGACUGAUGCUCUGAUUUUGCCCUAGGAUGGAAGAAGAUGGACCAGAGAGACUGAAAUGUUGUGAGGGCAACGUCGGGUUGUGCGGAUGCGUUUGGAACAUGUCAAUCCUGGAAUAAAACAUUUUAGAAUCUGAAAAA